AUGGAAAAUAUCAGAAGAACUUUGGACAACAUAAGAGAAUGUUGCCUAAACCAAACGUUUUCCUGUGAGCAUCCUCCUUUGCUCAACAUUCCUUUGGAAAACAUUGUGCUGGACGAGCUUCAUUUGAUGCUAAGAAUUACAGGUAUUGUAGGACCCCCUCUGGUUUUUAACAUUGAUAUAACAUAUCAGGGAUGGAUCCAGCAUUAUCUGGUAGGGGGGGGGGGGUGCUCUGCCAGCUCUGGUGUCGAGUUGUAUCGGUCAUGUGUGCUGCCCACCCAUCAACUUGCUUGACUACUGCAAAGUCUUGCUUGACUACUCUAUUUGAAUUGUAAUUGUUGUUCACAGUUUGUUUAUCAUCAUGUUAUUACUCAAAUUACUCUACACUGUAUCUCAUUUUGUCUAAUAAUUUUUUUGCUUUAUAAUGAAAAAUAGCACCCCCCUCUGGCCAGGGCUAGAUGGGGUGCACCCCAGUAAAUCCAUCCCUGUAACAUAUAUUAACCCAUUGAGUCGCAUUGCGCCCUGAUGCACCCUACUUUAUUAUUUUACUCUGUCUAACACCAGAUUAUUUUACUUGUCCAGGUGGAGAGCGCUGGCGCUUAAUGGGUUAACUAAUAUACUUAUAGCGAUUUGAAUUAGGCAUCAACUUUGUUUCAUUUAUAUUGCCAGAUAAACUUAUUGAUAAUUUGGUAAAAGAAGCCUUAGAUAGAGAUCUUGCUGCAAAUCUAGAAAAGGCUCCACACAAUAGGCAACCAAUACAUCUUCAAAACCUGAUCAAGGCCAUCUGCAGUUGUGGAGUUUCAUUUUCAGUUUGGGAAAAGUGGGAUUCUGAUGGGCAAGCAAGUGGAGUACAUGAAUUUACCAGUCUUAUAGGAACAGAUAGAAAGAUUCUGUUGGAAAACCUAUCAGCUAAGCUAGAUGGUGUCAUUGAACUUUCGACAAGUGCUACAGUAAUUAGGAUUUGGAAGGUACAGUAUACUGUAAAAUAAAGUACUUUUCAUAUGCAGUAUUUUUACAACUGAUUAUUUUGCUAUUUUAAGGCCUAAUUUUACUAUUUGCUGCCAGUGCUAUCGCUAAACAAGCAAUACACUCUGAGCCAAUUGACCAUAUAGACAACAUGCACAGAAGUACUAAGUCAUUGGUCUUAACAUAUAAUUAAUAUUAUAAACACUCAAGUUGCAUAUCUAUGCAGUAAUGUAUUGAGCAUACACAUUGUGACCACUGAGAAUAUUAGAUUAAUUACUGCCUUAUUCUACCACAUUUUGGCAGGAUUUCAACCAAUAUCUAUAACGAAUAUAUUCAGAAGCAAGAUCCGACAGACACAGAUAUUGAUCUAUAUUUUUCUAAGGUACAAAGAUUCCUAAAUGUUCAUGAAAAACAUAUAUAGAGUACUGCCCAUGCUACAGGAUAUACACAACAUCACAUUUUCUUAUUUUUAUUACAGGCUACAGCUUGGGUGACACUGUUUCUGUCACUGGGAGAUAAGCGCCAGGGCUAUGCCAAACAGAAUAUUACACCAUAUAUCCAUGCCAUGGUGUAUCAUAUACCUUGCUCAAUGAGGAUGCACAAAGGAAUGCGAAAUUUUUUAGGACAAGGUAACAAAAUGAGAACUAGAAGUAAGAAUGGAGCAAAGUAAUCAAAUGAAUAUACUCUAUUCCUAUGAAACCACUCCUACUAAUUAUUGGCGAAAGGCCUUUGCUCAAAACCUUGAAUACAAUGCCUUAUUUGAAUAGGCUAUAACAAAUGCACCAAAGUUUGCUUUACAGAACUAUGAAUGACCUGCUUUCCUGCAAAAAGGAUAUUACAUGUAUCCAAUCAUUAUUUUACAUUAGGUGUUGAAAAACUUAAUGAUGUUUGCAGAAGAAUUUAUUUGGAAAAGUCGAACAAGUGGGAUGCUACUAAAGAUGUGUUGUUGGUUGAAGAAAGGCUUCAACAUUUAAGCGAGUUACAGAGGACACCAAGACUGUAUAACAAGGUGUCAGAAUACUGGAAGUCAGAAAUUCAUGAAAAUCGGUGGAAGCACACUCGUUUUUGUAAUCAUGCAGGAGCAGGCUAA